AUGGACGAUCUAAGUGAUAAGUUUCGCAAUGUUAAAGUGUCAACUGAUCAUAUCAAUAACCAAAUAAUGGAUAAGUAUGGACACAAGAUCAAAACUGAUGAACUAUCAAUCAACAAAGCGAAGACCAAUAAAGAUAAAGCCAAUAGAGCCACUGUGGAGAAUGUUUUAGAUCCCCGUACCAUGAGGUUUCUGAAUGCUCUUGUUAACAGAGGAGUCAUUGCUGGUUUAAAUGGGUGUUUAAGUACUGGUAAAGAGGCAAAUGUUUAUCAUGCUUUUGCCGGUAGUAAGAUGGCAACAGAACAGCAGAGUGAUGAGCCAAAAGAGGAUAUAGAUGCCAAUGCUAUACCAUCCAAAGGAAAUAUAGACAUUUCUGAAAACAGAGCAAAGACCGCGGAAGACUUGAUAAGGGAAGGAAGAAAAGAAUACGCAAUUAAAAUCUACAAAACAUCGAUCCUUAUUUUCAAGGACCGUGAGAGAUAUGUGGAUGGUGAGUUUAGAUUUAGGAACUCAAGAUCUCAACACAAUCCUAGAAAAAUGAUAAAGAUCUGGGCUGAAAAGGAAUUUCGUAACUUAAAAAGAAUCUACCAAAUGGGUGUUAUACCAUCUCCUGAGCCAAUAGAAGUUAAAAAUAAUGUCCUUGUUAUGGAAUUUUUGAAUAGAGGUGAUGGAUUUGCCUCACCUAAAUUGAGAGAUUACCCAUACAAAGAUAGAGAGGAAAUAUACUACUACUAUCAUAUUCUUGUCUCUUAUAUGAGACUGUUAUACCAGGUCUGCCGUUUAGUUCACGCAGAUUUAUCAGAAUAUAACACUAUUGUUCACAAAGAAAAAUUAUAUAUGAUCGAUGUUUCCCAGAGUGUAGAACCCGAACACCCAAUGAGUUUAGACUUUUUACGUAUGGAUAUUAAGAAUGUUAACUUAUACUUUGAGAAGAUGGGUAUCGAAAUCUUCCAAGAGAAAGCUAUAUUUCAGUUUGUUAUAACAGAUACUUUGGAUAAAUUUGAUGGUGAUAUGAACAGCUAUGAGGAUCUAAGGAAAUAUGUUGCCACAAACAUUCCUAUAAAAAGGACUCAGGAAGAUGAAGCUGAGGAUGAAGUUUUCAGGUCUUUACAUCUGGUUAGAAACCUUGAAGGUUUAGAAGAAAGAGACUUUGAUCGUUUUACCGAUGGUAAAUUCGAUUUACUGAAGAGUUUACUUGCUCAGGAUAAUAAGAAAAAUUAUAUUGCUGCCCAGGCAUCUAAAAUAAAUGUGGAUUCAUCAGAUGAAAACAUAAGUGACAGUGAAGACGAAGGAAGUGAUGAUGGUAGUGAUGACGACACCGAUGGUUCUGAUGAAGAAGAGCAAUACUCGGAAGCGGAAAGCUAUGAGGAAGUUCCAAAAGAAUUAAAAGGUAAAAAGUAUGAAGACAAAGAUCUCAAAAAGCAAAGAAAGCAAGAGGCCAAAGAAGCAAAGAGGGAGAAGAGGAAAACUAAGGUGAAGAAACACAUAAAGAAAAAGCUUGUCAAUAAAACCAAGUCAAAGAAAUAA